AUGUGGAAACCAUAUGCCCAUAGUGCGAAUGCAGGUGUGCGUGAAUGCGCAAACCCAAGUCGCUCAGGUCUUGCCGAUCAGAAGGCUAUCAACGGUGGCGAUUAUUCCGCACCGUGCGACCGCUUCUGCGCGAGCGAUCGUGAAACGGUCGGCAUUGGCUGUCUUUUCCUGUGUGUGUCUCUGCCACUCGAGCGCCUCCUCCGUCCCUAG